AUGGAGCUCAAUUUUCUCAUAUUUUUACUGCUUUUUCUUGAAGUCGUCGAGUCGAAAGCCCUCUACGAGUGGAGGAAAGGGCUUCUCCUUCAAGUGAACAAAGUGUACACAAAACGGUUGCCGCCGAAAGAUUCCCUCAAGUUCGACAUCAGCCUCUUCCAAUCGUGUCCACAAUUCACGAUGAUCCUCACCACGGAAACGUUUGACUCGACAAGGGUUUUGUUCGCCUAUUCGGCCGAUGCCGCCACGCGGUUACAAGUGAGCGUCGAUUCUACACAAAUCCUGCCCACCACCGGCCCUCCUCCGGCCACAAAAGACCACGUGGAAUGCACGGAGAAACUGAGGAAAUCGAUAUUGAUGAAGGUGGAACGAGCUCAAUUCAACUAUCGGAUCACGAUCGAUGAUCGCACUUUCCUCCGCCAACGACAACCGUUCGACAACGAUCUGAAAGUGUUCAUCCCGCAACAAACCACGAAUUGUUGCUUGAUUCGCGCGAUCCUUUAUGAACCAGAAAUCUCCACUGAUUCGGUGCUGCAACGGCGAACGAAAUUCACGGCCGGGAAUCAAGGAGAUCGCUUCGGCACUGGCGGAAAAGUGGAGGUGAUACAACGAGAAGAGACAACAAUCCCCUAUGCACACCCGACAUUGUCCACAUUCGUUUCGGAUGACUCAGAGGAGAGCUCGUAUUCGCUGUACUCGUGGACCCGAAGAAUCAAUGAGCGUUGGAUCACGACGUUUUUCGUCUUUGGCACCGUUUUCUUUGUGUUUUUGGUCGUUUUCUCGGUGUUCGGCGUGACGAUGUUCGUUUGUUUGCAAAAAACCCCGGACGAUACGAUCGAUCAGAGUGUGGUGGCCGCCUCGACGAUCAACACUUUCCGGAGCGUUCUCUCGAAACAAUCGACCGCGAAAACGACAAACCCACCGCCACCCGAUGAAACUAUA